AAUAGACAACAGCUCCAAAGAACCGCGACUUCCCAAAUGAGGGUUUUGAACAAACCUGGCAGCUCUGGGCGUUUAAAGUCCCCGGAUGCGCUCUGCUCAUGGUGCGUUCAGGUGAUCCUCGUAAAGUAUCACUCUCAUGUAGACCUCAUACUUUAACAACAUUCAAACAACAGACAUCAAAUUGUUCUUGAAGAGUAUUUUUUAAUUUUUAAUUGAUAUCAUGAAAUGUAUUAUUCCUAGAUUGAACAAACUUUUUAAGGUGGAACAUCUUUUCAGUUUGUACUGCUGCCUAUCGAUUUUCUAUCAGGCCUUAUAUAUAGGGGGAAAAAGUGAAACAUUCCUAAAUAAUGAGUGUAAAAAUUAAAGAAAUAUCAAGGGACAAAAACACAUUAAAACUUGGGGAAUUGAACAAAAAUACCUUAUAGGCUCUACAAGUUUUUAAAGUCUUGUUUUUUAUAAUUCGAUAAUUUCGGUGUCCAUGAACGCACCGCCGGCCUCGGAGUAUCGCCAUCUGUGAUUGGUUUAAGCAGCGUGUCUCCUCCUCGCGCACUAUCCCCGGAAGAAGGAAGCGAUUCUGCAGAGACAGAAGAGAGGAGGAGAGAGUCUGUUGACAGCAGGUAAAACACCCGGUCCCCCGACACGUUCAAACACAUUUUUCUGUUCCGGUAAAUCGGUACCGGGAAUCGUUCAGGUGUUUGGACCGAAGAAGAAGCUCUCAAGGUAUGGAAUAUGGCAACAACUGAAAUGCAGCUUAUGUUAAGCGUCGCAUUAAUCGAGAAAGAUGUGAACGGAGACACGCUGUGGGUGUGGUGCUAUCCCUCUGUGGACUCAGACCUGAGGACAGUCCUGCUCAGUAAGUGCUGCCUGACUCAGGACAGCAGCCGGGACUUCCACACCUUUGUGUUUGGUCAGUUCUGUCGCACCUGGUACUACAUAACCACAGUGGAGGUACAGGAACCUACAGCGCUGAACAAGGUCACUCAUUUUUCAAUAGUCGUCACAGCAAAAGACUUCAACCCUGAGAAAUAUGCUGCUCUCAGUCGGAUCCUCUGCAGGAUGUACGUCAAACACGGCAGUCCGGUGAAGAUGAUGGAGGCGUACAUCACCGUCCUCACCAAAGGGAUCUGUCAGAGCGAUGAAAACGGCUCCUUUCUCAUUAAGGACUACGACGUUCGGAAGGCGUACCUGGCCGGUUCAGUCAAAGACGUGGUGUCUCAGUUUGGUAUGGAGACGAUCAUCCUGUACACGGCGCUCAUGCUGAAGAAGAGGAUCGUCGUCCAUCACCCUCGUAUCGAAGCACUGUUGGAGUUUACGAGAGUUCUGCCAGCGCUGACGUGGCACAGGAAAGACUGGUCCAUCCUGCACCCGUACGAGCACCUGACUGAUAUUGAGCUGGAGGAUUUGAAGAAAUGCCCUGGCUACAUAGCAGGAUUCGUAGAUCCCGAAGUGAGCAACAGAUCGGACCUGUUUGAUGUGUUUGUGAACCUCCCCGACGGCGUUAUCACCGUAUCUCAGAGCGCCAAAGAGGCCAUGGCUAUGGGGAAGUUACACAAAGAUGUUGGUCAGCUUAUCGUCCAGUCUGCAGAGGACACAGAGAGGUCAGACAGUCAGGUGAUUAAGGACAUCUCCAUUAAGACAAAAGAGAUCCUCGCCAACUUGGUCGCCCUGGCUAACGAGUGUGAAGACUCUAAAAUCACACUUGAAGCUUUAAAGCAGCAUCAUUUUCCUCCGGCGACAGAAAACUUCCUCUUUCAUUUGGCAGCUGCCGAACAACUCCUACGGAUAUAAACCUGUUUUCUCUCCUGCAGGAAGACGUUACUGUUUUUGUAUAUGUCGGAAUAAUUACUGGUUUUCUGAAAGGCUUGUGCAGACUCUCGCUCUCAUCACGAGAGUGUGCACAAGACACUUUCUCACAGUGUGAGGUAGGAAAGUGACACUAGCAUCAAAUUAUAGCUAACACUGUUUUUCUAAUAUGAGACAGAUGAGCAGGUGUUUACCACAUAGAAUCAAAGUUUUAUGAUUUUCUUCUUGCCAAAAAAUCUCAUGAAAAAGACCAAAACUAGCAAUGAAUUGAUACGCUAGAAAACCAAGUGUGUAUUCAUCCGCAGCUGAAAAUAGUCCCCCCC